AUGACAGCUUCAGACAAGGCUCUGCAGACAUACCUCAUCCGGCAGCAGCUACUGGCAGGAAUUGCGCCUGAGAAUAUGAUACCAAUGAGGCCUCCCGCAAUUAGCCAGACCCAGGGCGGGAGCCAGGGCAUUGUGAACAGGCCGAAUAAUCCUUCUUUGAUGCAGAUCACGAACAACGGUAUUUCAAUCCCCCAAAUACCACCUGCGAGGUUCACUGGCGUACUUCACCCACUUCCUGUUCAGCCAACUAGGGGUUCCCACGGUCCUCUAUCUCCUCAGAGACAGCCAAUCUUCAGGAGCGCCAACAAUCCUGGUGCAGGUUUGAGAAUGCAACCUAUGGCUGGGGUUCGAUCCGAAGCUGCUCAAAGUAGGAAUACAGUGUCUCACGAAGGAUCGAGUGCUUCGAAUGGACGUCAAUCUGAGCUUCAUGCUAGUGAAAGAUCCCAUCAACCCUCCGAAGGGAGUCGGAUUAGAAGGGCAGAGACUCGGCGUCCCCCGCAGCGAAAUAGCCGUCUUGCCGUGUCUCAUCAGCAGGAUAGACCACAGCCUCGACUUCAACUUUUCCCUACCUUGUCUCGCGGCUCGAUCAGCCCUCUACCAGUGAGUAAUAGUAAUACCGCUCAGGAUACCGGUAGCAUGAGCUCAAAUACCACAGACCUCCCACACAAUAGCUUCGACAUCCUCCUAGCUUUCACUUAUCAUCAAGGUUUAGCCCUUGAGUUCACCAUGUAUCUCAACGUUGAAAAUUUGAUCAAUUUACUCGCAACCUCCAAGCCCUUCAAUCGGUUUGUGAAGAGAAACUAUUCAGAUAUCAUCAAACGCCAGGCGACGCGGGACGCUCCCGAAUCUUCUCAAAUAUUUCCAUUCAGAUGUUAUUCGAGGCUGUGCAUCGAUGAUACAAAUGUCAGGCGGCAACUUAUUCCUGCUCGCGACAUUGUAGGUGAAAACAACCUUGCGCCGUCCUUUUGCUGGUUGCAAAUGAUCAUCUACCGCGAGAAAACAGUCAAGAAUAUUAUGGAAAAAAUGCUCGUUGCGGGUCAUGGGUUGCCGAAGCCAUCUGAGCCAGCCAUCAAGAAGCUCUGGUUCCUCAUGGAUAUCCCAGAUAACAGACGUCGUGAAUGGACAAUAGCGAACCGUAACAUGUGGCAAGAUAUCGAACUUUUCUUCGCAAUGCUCUUCAUUGCUCAGCUCGAUGCGUUGUUGAGGAAGAAACGUUCGAAUAUCACGGGCCGUUUAUACCAUUUAUUGAUGGCUCAGCCUACUAUGACCGUUGUUUGGGAUGUCUUGAGGGAUGUUGCUCUUCGAAACGAGUUUGAGACUCUCAAAUCCUUUGUCCGUUGGAAGUAUACUCCUUUGCCACACGAGACUGAUCUGUACGUUUAUGGGGUUCCUCCUCACGAGGUUGGAGCACUUCAAUAUGAAGGAUACGGCCGACAUGAAAGAGUCACAAAAUUUGUCCAACCAGAUGAGCUCAUCUUGAGGGAAAUGGCCAGAAGGCAGCUUAACCUUGGUGAUAUGUACAAGGACAUCUUCUUGAUGGGUAACGGGGCCCGUUACUAUUCACGAUCCGCUCAAGCCGCAACUCCUUGGGAUGAAGAAAUGAAGCGACAGGCGGAUGCGCAAGGUAUUGACUGGCAAAAUGUUGUGAAAUUGAACUAG